UCUCAUCGUAAAUAAAUUAUGGUUAGUCGAUUAUCAACAAAAUUCAUGAACAUAUGCAUAGCUACAAUGUGCAAAUCAAAUCAAAUUGUUAAAGCUGAAUCCAUUUUAAUAGAUGGCAUCAAAUUAGGAGUAUUUCCUGAUGUUGUUACAUAUAACACAUUAAUCGAUGGGUAUUCGCGUUUCGUUAGCAUCGAUAGAGCUUACGAUAUUCUCAAUAGAAUGAAAGAAGCAGGAAUUAACCCUAAUGUUGUUUCCUAUAAUUCAUUAAUGUCAGGUUCUGUUAGAAAAUCUUCGUUAUCGAAAUCCCUCCAACUGUUUGAUGAAAUGACUCAAUUAGGAAUAAGUCCUGAUGUGUGGAGUUAUAAUAUAUUGAUGCAUUGUUUGUUUAAGCUUGGGAAACCGGAUGAUGCCAAUCGGGUUUUUAAGGAUAUAGUUGAGAAUGGUGAAAUGGAUUGUUGUAUGUCGACUUAUAAUAUUAUGAUUAAUGGGUUGUGUAAAAAUGGGUAUGUUUCUAAUGCUCUUAUGUUGUUUAGGAACUUGCAGCGUAAAGGGUUUGUUCCUCAAGUUUUGACUUAUAAUGCGAUGAUUAAUGGGUUAUGUAAGGCGAGGAGAUUAGGUGAUGCAAGGAGGUUGCUUACGGAGUUUUGUGAUUAUGGUUAUGAACCGAAUGCGAUUACUUAUACGACAGUUAUGAAGUGUUGUUUUCGUUGUGGGAAGUUGGAGCAAGGGUUGGAUUUAUUGUCGGAGAUGAGGAGUAAAGGUUACACAUUCGAUGGGUUUGCAUAUUGUACUGUGGUUGCAGCAUUGGUAAAGACGGGAAGGAUUGAAGAAGCGGGUGAAAUUGCUGAGAAGAUGAUGAGUAAUGGUUUGAUGCCUGAUCUUGCUUCUUAUAAUACAAUGAUAAAUCUUUUAUGUAGGAAAGAAAGGGUUGACGAGGCGUUGAAGUUAGUGAAUGAGAUAGACAGACAAGGACUGUGUGAUCAGUACACGCACACGAUUAUAAUACAUAGUUUGUGUAAGGAUGGAAAUUUUGUGGAUGCUAAGAAACAUUUGGAUUACAUGAACACGUUGGGUUUUGGUUUUAAUUUGGUAGCAUUUAACUGUUAUCUUGAUUGUUUGGGUAAAGCUGGUCUUAUUGAUCAAGCAUUGAAGGUUUUUGAUACUAUGGAGGUUAAAGAUUCUUUCACUUGUACUAUCUUGGUGCACAACCUUUGCAGGGCUAAGAAGUUCAUUUUUGCUUCUAAGCUUUUGGUUUUUUAUAUAAAAUCUGGCUUUCAGAUCUUAAGGGCUACUCAAAGAGCUGUUAUUGAUGGUCUCUCUACUGCUGGUUAUAACAAUGAAGCAAGGAAAGUUAAGUCAAAAAUCUGGAAAGCUCGAUUGAAGCAUUGAUUACAUUGCAAUUGCUGUGUUUAACUUUGGGUGUGCAUUGAUUAUUGGAACAGUGCUAAGCUUCCAAAAGAAUUACACUCUGAUUUUGAUACAUUAGUCCGGUGAUUUGAUGGCAGUAACCGUCAUUCAAAGAGAGACUGUUAUCAUUAUGCUACAAGGAAUUUGGUAAUUUGCUGAUAAACUAGGCCAAAUGCUAUACCUUUUGAUGAUUUUUGCUUGGUCUUGCUGGAUAAAUAGCUUUUCAAUGUAUUUGCUUAGCAAAUGUUGACUAAUGAAGUUCUCAUGGAAAAUGAAAACUAAUACUGUACACAAAAAGUACAGAAUUUGAGUGAACUGAAAAUGACAAAUGUGAGUGUAUUUAGGGG